AGUAACAUCAACUGAUAUACACACGGUUGUUGAAUCUGGUUUUCAAACUAUAGCUACAAUUCGUUGACAUCUAUUCUUUAGAGGCUCGUCGUCACCAGUCAGCGGGGGGAUUUUGAAUUUUCUCAGUCGCGUGAAUUGGAGCGGUUGAGUAGCAUCGUUCUUUCGGGCACCUAAUUGCAGAUUGUCGGACCAACUUUUGCUGGCGAUAUGAGAAAACGUACAUUUUUGGCUUUUGGUACCUUCAUUCUGAUUCAUUUGUGUUUUGUUAAAUCCCAGGCUGUCGAUGCAGACAAGCCAUUCGAUGGAACUCGCGAUUCGAAAUUCGACUCAUCUUUGGUCAAGAAUAUUUUGAAAAACAACAAUGAAAACGUAAUAUUUUCCCCGUUUCCUAUAAAAGUUAUGCUAGCUUUGCUUUUCGAAGCAACAGGUGUCACAGUCCUAAGCUCAUCACCCACUAAACAGGAGCUAAGCUCUGUUCUCAGCUUGGAUACCACUCUGAACUCAACUCGUAACACAUAUGCCCGAUAUCAGAACUUGACUGAGGAUUCUCAUCCCGAUUGUAGUCUGCAGUUGGCGACCCGUUUGUAUGUGGAUGAUUUUAUCGAUGUGAUUAGCAGAUAUGAGAUUUCCCUUAACUACCACUACAAUGUAUCGAUCGGUAGCUUUUCUUCUGCUGAUGCUGAACAAUCUGCUAAAAGUAUCAACAGCUGGUUUAGCCAUGCAACGAAGGGGAGGAUAAGUGGAGUUGUACGGGCAGAUCAACUAGCCGAGUCCGUCAUUUCUGUGCUAAACGCCAAUGUGUUGAAAGCCUUCUGGAAGUUUCCGUUUCCACAAAAUGGACCAAUGCAAAAGUUCAACCAUCGGAGUGGAAAAUCGGUGCUGGUGCCAUUCAUGGAGCUGCAGCAGACCCUCUACUAUCAAUCGCAAAUCAACGGGAUAGAUGCUCAAGUUUUGAGACUGCCAUUCAAGGGAGGAUUAUUUUCCAUGUACCUUAUUUUGCCACACGAAAACUCUUCAAUCCAAGCAAUUCUGGAGGAACCUCUUUUUCCAAACGUAUUUUCCAAUUUGGUUGAAACCAAGCUUCGUGUAUUGAUUCCCAAAUUUAAAUUUGAUGAUGUAUAUGAUUUCAAAGAAAUUUUGAAAAAUAUCGGAAUUCAACAGAUUUUUUCUGAAAACGCUUCACUGCCGCUGCUGGCUCGAGGAAGAGGUACAAAGAAUAAACUAAAAUUAUCGAACUUGAUCCAAAAGACAGGCAUUGUGUUAAACGAACAGGGUAGUGAAAUUGCAGCCGUUUCUGGCUCAACAGUGACUGUUUCCAGUAAAUUGGGGGAUACAGAACUGCCCACCUUUAACGCCAACCGACCAUUCAUUUUCCUCAUUGAAGACGAUACACAGGGAACGCUGUUGUUCGCCGGAAAGCUGGAGGAUCCUUCAAGUUAAAAAUCGUCGGCAUUGAUUAAAAAUUUGAGCAUGUAAUAUGGUUUCUAAACACAAUAAUCUUAAACGAGACAGCCAAGAAAAAAACAUC